UCAGAAUAUGACUCCGUUAUCUCACUGAAUAAUAUACAGUAUGUCAGAGUAUUUCUGCAUUGAUUACCGCUGGGGACUGUGACUGAAAUGUGGAUGGUGUGGUAAACAUGGGAACUUAGGAUAAGUAGAUCCAUUUCAGACAGAUGUGUUUGUGUCGACAUUCCAGGAACCGUCUGAGCUGUGCAAGUUUAUGUGAGAAGCAACAACACAGAGUGAGCAGCUCCACAUGUGAGAGAGUCUAACCAGGCGCGCUGUACAGCUCAGUGGAUCAACACUUACAGAAGAUCAACAUGAUGAGGGAGAUGACUGGCUGGGUGGGACUGCUCUUAUUGACAGUGUGUGUGGUCACUGCUGAGGUCGCAAUGAGGGAGCAGAAGAACACAAAGCCACUGACAGACUGCACAAACAUAAAGAAAGUCUUACCCAAUGCACCAAGCGGCACUUACACCAUUCAGCCGUCUGGGGACAAAAGGAAAUUCAAGGUUUACUGUGAAAUGCUGCCUGAUGGGGGCUGGACUGUCUUCCAGCGGCGGACGGGAGGGCAGGUUUCCUUCAACAGGAACUGGAAGGAAUAUGAGAAUGGGUUUGGGGAUCUAGAGCGUGACCACUGGUUGGGCUUGUACAAAAUCUGGGCUUUAACCAAUGGAAAGCGCUCAACGCUCAGAGUGGACCUGUGGGACUUUGAGGGAGGCUCUGCAUUUGCCCAAUACCAGGACUUUAGUGUUGGCGAUUCGAGAACCAACUAUAAACUGCAAGUUGGAGCAUACAGUGGCAAUGCAGGUGACGCCAUACGUGGUGCAUAUGCAGGCAUAGACCAGAAUGGCUAUGGUUUCAGCACUUCUGACCGUGACAAUGACGGCUGCUCCCCGUGCAUCUUUGGAGACAUUGCCACAAAUGACUGCAGUGCUGAAAGUGGUGGAGGCUGGUGGUUCAGUCGCUGUGGCUCAGCAAACCUGCAUGGCGAUUGGCACCCCAAGGCAGACAACCGAUUCUGGGCAUCUGGCCUUCACUGGCUCACCUGGAGAGGCCCUGUGCCCUACUCAGCUAAGGCAACACGCAUUAUGAUAAAGACCGUGUGACCUGUUAAGCAGAUCAAGGGGUCGCAUUAAGCAACACAAUGACCCAGUGCUCUUUAUUCAUUUACCAGCAAUGAAGUGAUGCCGGUUUCAGGGGUAUAUUCUCAGCAUUCUGCAGCUGCUUAAAUACUUAAUAAUCAAUAAUAAUAAUGUGUUUUUUUGUUUGAUUCCAUAUUUUACUGCGGCUGAAAGCUUACGUCCCCAGUGCUGAAAUUAGUGCAUGUUGUUCUGCUGUAGAGUUAUAUUCAAAAUCAAACCUUCGAAUGGGCUAUUAAACAUUUUCUUCUAAAUAAAAGCAGAUAUGAAAGAAA